CAAUCAAAACGGCACCCCCGGGUGAGGUGGACGGAAGCGCUCGGCUGCGAGCCGUCACGCGUGACUGCUCUCACAGCUUGCCGCCCAUUAAGCGUGUGACACAGGAGCGCGAGGAGCAGUUCCUUCUGGACCUCGCGCCGGACGCUCUCGCUGUGGCCGCGCGCGCGCGCUCCGCACCUGCCGUGACUCUCGCCCCUCUUUGUCAAGGACUCCCACAUCCGGCCGAUUUGUCAUGGAGCUCGGUAUUCUGCCUCGUUCUCUUUGGACGAGCGACGCCAAGUUUCAGCAUCAGCACCUCACGGACCUCCUCACGAGCGUGCAGGUGACGCGAGACCUUCCACUGGGAGCCACGCUGGGUCCUUGCAUCCUUCACAGCACUUUUUAUGACACGAUCGCCUUCAUCGCUCUGAAGUCCUGCGACAAAAGGAACAAAUCUUACAUUUUUCGGGUAGAUGCGGAGGCCAUGAACAGCUCUCUCCUGGUGCUGUCCUGGCUGAGACUCGUACAGGCAGCCAGCAACAAGGAUGAGCAAAACAUGGAGGCGUUCCUCAAAGGUGGACAGCUGUACUUCCGAUCCCUGCGGGACAUCAGGAAAGAGGAGGAACUGCUGGUGUGGUAUGAUGAUGAGCUCUCUUCUCUCCUGGGAUUUAACGACAUCAAAGCAAGGAUUCCCACAAGUGGGCUGAAAUGCAUGAACUGCAACCAGAGCUUCAGGAAUGAACACCCCUAUCUGGCACACUGCCGCUUCCUCUGCGGGCACGUGAAACACGGUUUACACUGCAGGGGGUUGAAUGACCAUGAAACGGUGGAGCUGAAAGAGCAGCUGAGACACAGAGUGACGGACUUCCACAACAUCGCCCGAGAUCUGGAGCACAGGAAGUGUGGCGUGAGCGACGACACCCUUCGCAAACGGAGGCAGGACGAAGCAGAGAGUCCGCGAGCCAGAAAGUGCAUCUUGCUUGAGAAAACCAACAUCUCCAACGGGAGCCACAAGGACACGAGCGCUGUUCCCGAGCUCACCGUGUCCGUCAUGAAACUGAACGCGGAUGCGUACCUGCUCUGUAAGGACCUCCCAGCCUGCAAACAGAGUGCUUUCACCGAGGUGAAGAGUGUAAAAAACGAGACGGAAACGGAUACAGUUGAUGACCGGGAACUGGAGCGAUCCGUGCAAAUCCGUGCCGUGACCAAUGUGGCUUCGCACACAUCUGGUAGUGCUUUCUCGUUUGUGUUGCCCAAGGGGACCAGGGAAGAGCAGAAGAGCGCGUUCUGUAAGCCACAUAAAAGGACAGCGAAUGAGCCUCAUCCGCUAAGUGGCUCAUCGGAGCGCCUGGAAGACAUGUCAGACACCAUCUCCUCCAAGGCCGUGUUGGGAUACAACACUGUGUUUGGAUCCGCUAUGUUAAGUGCUGACAUGUCUGCGACGCAGUCCAUGCCCGCAUCUCUGGGCCCGAGCAGCCCUUUCCCGUUCGCCGCCGAUCCCUGGUCUCGGCCCGCGGGGGUGCCGCUGCAAGGGCCCUCCUCGCUCACUCUCCUCCCGCCCACUUUCACCUCCUUCGGGGUGUCCGUGCAGAACUGGUGCGCCAAGUGCAACCUGUCUUUCCGGAUGACCUCAGACCUCGUCUUUCACAUGCGAUCCCACCACAAGAAGGAGUUUGCUGCCGAGUCGCAGGUGAGGCGCAGGGAGGAGAAGCUCACCUGCCCCAUAUGUCACGAGUAUUUCCGGGAACGACAUCACCUGUCGCGCCACAUGACAUCUCACAACUGAACCACGCGCCUGCAUUGCUCUGCCCUCGCCUAAAAAGGGAGCGUUUACGAUGGAGACUUAAGGGCAGGUGGCCAAAGCCACCCCCGAAUCAAACCCUGCACGUGCCUGACCUCAAGUGUGAGCUUUACACAUUUUAACACUCGAUGUUAUUUGUGAGAAUGUGGGUGACCCCCUCCACACCGUACAAAAACUCCUUUGUAAAUAGAAAUCAUAGAGGUUCUGAAUGAAGUAGGCCUUGGCCACUCAUUGGUCAUACAGUCUGGACACACUGAGCACUCUCCAGAAUAAAGCAAAUUCAAUGUAUGCGUUGUGUCUAUUUUCUCUGCUUUAAGGUGACAUGCUCGUGAGUUCGACAUUGUCAGUAGCAAUUCGGUAUUAGCCCCUUUCUCUGAUUAACGGAAACGCGCCCUAGAAAUUCUGGGCCGAUGCUGGAUUUAUGCUUAAAGUCCUUUAGAUGGCAGUAGAUACACAGUUCACAAACUGAGCGCUGUACUAUACUGCACUGUACUUUUACUGUAUUGAU